AUGUCCUUCAAGCCGUUCGCAGAAGGACCAGAUCGUCCCAAGCGGGUCAUAUCCCUCGGGUUCUACCGUACGGGCUCCCAUUCACUCAAACACGCCCUCACCAUUCUUGGCUACCAAGAUGUUUUCCACUCCUCCGCCAUGGCAGAAGAUGCCGACAAAUGGGUAGGACUUGGCGCUGCAGCAGAUGCCAACAUUCCAUGUCUGCCGACAUAUACAGGGCGCACGUGGACAAGAAAGGACUGGAAUGCCUAUUUGGGCCCCUGUGAAGCCCUGACAGACAUCGCGCCUUUUGCGUACCCUUUACUUCGCGAAUUUCCAGAGGCCAAAAUUAUUCUUGUACAUCGAGACUUCGAGUCGUGGGCACGAAGCUUCGAGCAAACACUCAUUCUUCCUUCUUCUCAAGGUUUCUUGGCUUGGUUGAGCGGCAAUAUUAUGGAACCAUUCAUUGGAAUUCAAAUUAGCAAAUCCGCCUGGAAGAUGUACAUGGCUCUUUUGGGCGUGUGCAGCAUGGAGAAAACUCAUAAUCGCGAAAUCUUGCGUGCUGCAUAUCAGCGUCACUAUGAUCAAGUCCGAAGCAUGGUGCCUCCAGAUCGUCUUUUGGAAAUCAAUCUCAAUGAUCUGGGAUGGGGACCCCUGUGCAACUUCCUUGGCAAGGAUAUUCCAGAUGUUCCAUUCCCGCGCUUAAAUGAAUCGCGUGUUUUCAAGAAUGAACUGCGGAGAUUGCAUUGGAUAAGCCUCCGCGCCGGGGCUUUAAAGGCACUAGCACCCAUUUGUGGGGUAUCAUGCGUGCUGUUAGCAUGCAGACUUCUAUGGUAUUAG